UGUGCAGAAACAAUGACUCUAUGCGCGGCUGCCAUUGGAAAGCGCCUCUGGCGAAACAAAUGGAAACAAAUUGCAGAAAACUAACUGUAUGUUACGCCAAAACCCAAAUCCAAAAUCUGAAAUUGCAUAAGAAAGUUUAUCCAAACGCAAGCUUGACAUUGAGAAGUGUGGUGGCUCUUGGACCUGUAUGCAAUUGCCAUGGAUGCUUAUGGCCCCACAUUAACCUCCAGGAACACCAACACCAACACCUCUUCCUCCUGGCAUGCUCCACCUAAGUUUCAUUUCAACUCCUUACUCGCGCUCCUCAACAACCCUAAAUCGGAUGCAUUCCUUGAUAAAGAUAAUGAUAAUUGGAAGUGGAAAUGGGAAGCAAUCGACUUCAAAACAUCAGCUGUAAAGUGCCCAAAGGUUCUUAACCUAUUGCUUGGUAGAAGAUUUAGUGCCUGCAAUCCUUCUGCCAUUUGCCCCGCUCGUAACACCUCUGCCUCUGCUGCUUCUUCUUCUCAUGGAUGCUCUUGCAAUAGCAACAAGGAUUCCUUGCCAGUGGAAAUCGAGCAGAAUAAAGAUAGGAGUUCAAGGGAAAAUGCCAUUGAAGAUGAAGAACUUGAAGAGGGCCAAAUAUCUGGGGAAAUGGAAAUACCCCUCGACCAGGAGGAAGAAGGUAUAAACAGUGUCUGUAAACAGGCGGCGACUGCAUCUCAAGUUGAGAGUCAUUGCAUUGUGCCGCGCAAUUCAGCAUUUUCCUUAAACGAAGCACCGGUUCAGAGGAUUUCUGAAACAAAGAAGAGGAAGAAGGCGAAUAAUCAGCGACGAAAGCAGCAAAGGCAAAAGAAAGCAAAGCACUCAGCUCAGUUCCAGGGAAAGAAAAAGGAGAGGGAGGGAGACUUUAUAGCAGAAUUCAAAGCUUUGGAAUUUGCAGAUAAACAAACGGCACAACAGCCUCCCAAUCAAGAGCAAGUGGAUGGAGAAAAAGAUGCAGCUAAAAAGAAUGGUAAGAUUACUCUAUCCUCAUUUCUUGAAGGUGAAAUUGGACUCUGGACAACUCAGACAGUGGAUGAUGUGCUUCGUGAGACAAAGGCAGAGGAAGGUGGCAGUAAGAAGGCUAAGCGAGGUCCUUUGACAGCAGAAAGAAAAUUGAAAAAGAAGAUUGUGAAAAAGAGGAAAAAGGCACUUAAAGAUAAACAGCUUGGAAUAAAAAGGUUGAAGUUGGCACCAGUUACGAAACCAAAGCCAGUGAUCCUGUGCAAAUUCUUCAUGAAAGGACGAUGUGCUCAGGGUAAAGAAUGCCCGUUCUCUCAUGAUGCAGUCCCCAUUACUAAAUCAGAGAUAUGCAAGUAUCAUGUCAAUAAUUGUUGUUUGAAAGGGGAUGAAUGCCCAUUUUCACAUGAUCUUUCAACAUUCCCAUGCAAAUUUUACCAUACAGAGGCUGGUUGUUUGGAUCAGGAUGCAUGCCGGUUCUCUCACAAGCAAAUUACAGUAAAUGAGUUGGAGAAGGUUCUGAAGCAAAAUGAACUAGGAAAACAAGAUUUAUGUGAGUUGGAUAGUCUUCAAAAUACUAUCCAACAGAUUUCUUCAAAUAGCCUGCAGAAGUCUGAAGUUCACAGCACAAUAUCUGUUGGAAAUCAGUCUGUAAAUUUAAAUCCUCUAAAGCCUUCCAAUUCGUCCAUGGAAAACGAUCAGCAGGUGUAUGAAAAAAAAGUAGCCAACUCAGCAAUUUUAAAUUCAGGCAAAGCAACUUCUAAUGAAUGUUUUGGGACUUUAAUUAGAAAGGAGCAGCAUAUGCCAAGGAAAAAUGAAACUAGUUCAUGGGUUUCUGGCAAUUCUUCAUUCCUAGAGUACAACAGAUUUGAUGAUCUCCUGAAAGAUGAUGAUGGAAAUGAUGGUUUCCUUUCUGCCCACAGGGCUGCCUUCAAUGCAUUGGCCCCAGUAGCUGACCAUGAAGCUAGUUUGCUUACACGUGGAUUAGUCAGGGUACCCACAUUUAUUUCAACUGCAUUUGCUGCAGCAGAUAGGGUUUUAGAUGCUAAUUGUACUCCCAGAGAACAUAAAGUGGCACAAGAAAUGUGCUGCAGUGAGUAUUUGAGGGAUGGAAACAAGAAAACUCCUCCUACAGGUCUCCUGAACAAUUCAAAGGGUGCAAUGGAAAUACUGGAAAAUAUAUUACUUGGCAACAAAAAUCCUGACAAACAGAAUGUGUGUAGUCUAUUUUCAAGUUGUAAAACAAAUGGAGAUACAGAUAUAAAUAAAUAAGGCAGGGUUUGUCCCAUUCUAUUUCUUGGAUU